ACCCUAGUUAUCUUGGGCUCUUAGGCCAAGUCAAGCCCUACAAAAGUACAACGAAUCCAUGGCGACAGGGCAGCAGACCACCCGAGCGACCACACACCCGGAACCCUAAAAACGAGAGGAGGGGACGGGAAGGCUGGUGGCGCACGAGCGCGAUGGCGGCGUCGCUGGGGCGGCUCAGAUCCGCCAUCUACGACAAGGAGGAGAGGAAGACGCAGUACCAGUCGCACAUCCGGGGGCUCAAUGCUUACGAUCGCCAUAAGAAGUUCAUGAAUGACUAUGUUCGGUUUUAUGGCCAUGACAAGAAUUUGGAUCAUAGCUUGCCAAUUAAAACUGAUAAAGAUACACUGAGAGAAGGAUACAGAUUCAUUCUUUCUGAGGAAGAUGAUGUGGAUUCAACCUGGGAAAAGAGGCUGGUCAAGCGUUACUGUGAUAAGCUUUUUAAGGAAUAUUGUAUUGCUGACAUGACCGCAUAUAAAAAAGGCAAGAUUGGAUUGAGAUGGAGAACAGAAAAAGAGGUCAUAUCUGGAAAAGGGCAGUUUGUCUGUGGCAAUAAGAAAUGCAACGAAAAUAAUGGGCUUGGUAGCUAUGAGGUGAACUUUUCUUAUGUUGAAGCAGGGGAGCAGAAACAAGCUCUUGUGAAGUUGGUAGCUUGCAAGAGAUGUGCAGAAAAGCUUGCUUAUAAGAGGGAAAAAGAGAGAGUGAAAGAAAAAGAGCUUUCUGGUGAAAAGGAAAUGGACUUGAAAGAAAACAAGAGAAAAAGACAACAUGAUGAGGAAAGUGAAGAUACCACAGAUGAUGAAUCGGCUGAGAAAUAUAGCAGAAGAAAAAAAGAUCGCAAAAGAGCUUCAUCAAGGAAUGUGGACGACAAAGAUGAAGGCUUCGAUGAGUUCCUCGAAGGCAUGUUCCUUUGAUCUUGUAAAAGAGGCCGGGAGUUGGCACCAUAUGUUGUUGUCUGGAAAUAUUUUGUAGACCAUAGGCCCUUGGGCUCUCAGAUGUUUCAUCCCCAGGCCUCUUCUCUGACUUGCCUUUGACAGUCUUAACCUUUUGAAACACAAGAUGCGCGUUUCUGCUUGUUUUUCUUGUUA